AUGGCGGUGAGGAGGAGAAAUAGCGGUGGUGUUUGGGUCAGAUUUGAUAAACCCUGGGGAUGGUUGAGACUGAAAAGAAGGAGGAGACUUGUUGCAGCAUAUGAAUUUGAUGAUCUUGAACCUGCACAAGAUGUAAAUCCUGAACCUAUUCCUACAACAACAAAUGAACCUGCUCAGCCCAGUCCAAAACCAGCUAGAUUCAAAAGAAGGGCACACAAGCCAAAGAGGGCCAAGAUUCCAGAACCUGAAAUUACUGAUUUCACCAUCCAAGAGGAGCAAACACCAUCAACUCAAGUUGCUGAAGAUUCUCAACCUCUGAUGGUGGACCCUCUUCAAGCUGUUCCUCUGAUAUCUCCUACAGUAUCUCCUACAACAUCUCCUAAAGCAACUUCUACAGCAUCUGCAGUAGAUGAAGAAAUAGAGUGUGAUGCACAAGCUACAAAUGAAGCUGGAGCAAAAACUUCUGAUCCUAAAUCUCCAAUAUCUGAUCAUGGCCAUUCUACUCCAAUUCCUCAUUCUCCAAUGAAAAUACCUGAGAAUGCCAUUGUUCAUGAUACAGCUCCAGAAAACUACAGGUCUGAUGUAGUUGAUGAAUCAGACAAGGUAGCUGUGGAAGCUUUACAGUCUCUUGCUCAGACUGGUGAAGAACCUAUCAAAACACAGUCUGAAGCCCAAGGAAAAUCUGCUCAAGAUACUGUGGAGCAAGUUGCAGAUCCUGUUCCUGCAGAUGAGAAAGCAAACUCUGAUCCUGAGAAUGAUACCAGUUCAGAUACUGACAAAGAUGAAAAUGCUGAAGUCCCUCUGACACAACAGAAAUGGGAGUCUACUAGCCAGUUCAAUGCCAGGCAGGAACUGGUGGAAGAGUUUCAAACUCUGACAGUUCAAAACCUAAGCAAAGUUCAAAGUCUGUUCCAGUCCCAACAUACAAUGUCACAUCUGGGUCAAAGCAGAGACCAGUGGCUGGAUCAGAUCAACCAAUGA